CCGUCUGCCGCCCGAGCCGCGCGGCCCAGGGAAGGGGCGCGGCGGCCGCGAGCCGUGCCGCGGUACGGUCGUGCGCCCUUGCCUCUGAAGGCGAUGGCCGUCUGCGCGGAGUUCCCAGACUGGAAGAGGCGGCGGACCCUGUCUACCGGGUCCGUCCGUCGUGUUGCCAUCCUGGGCGGCACCCACGGCAACGAGAUCACCGGCGUUCACCUGGCAAAGCACUUCAUGAGAACACCCGCGGAGGUCACGCGGCCCUCGUUCGAGACGGAGGUGUUCAUCUCCAACCUGGCCGCGGUCGAGAAGAACACUCGCUACGUCGAGGAGGAUCUGAAUAGAUGCUAUGCUCUCGCUGACCUCGUCGAUAACGGCAAGGCCGCGGCAACUCUCGAGAGAAAGCGAGCCCGCGAGGUAGACGUCCUCCUGGGGCCGAAGAGCGCGCCCGAUCCACGCUGCGACUUCGUUCUAGAUUUGCACACCACCACGGCAUCAACUGGCAUCGCAUUAAUGAUGGCGCCCAACGACGACUUCGGCCACGAGCUCGGGAAGCACCUCAUGACACUCGACGAGAGCGUCGUCAUCGUCGAGUGGAACCCGCUGAACGACUGGUGCGUGUGCCCGUCAAUCGGGCGCAGCGGGAUGACGUUCGAGAUAGGGCCCUGCCCCUGGGGCGUCGUCGUGCCAGACUUAAACCUCUUCGCGCGCUCCCGGAGACUGGUCCGGGCCAUGCUCGACUACAUCGAGGCCCACAACACGCGCGUGGCCGCGGGCGCGACCGCGCCCGUGGCGGCCACGGUGCCGGUGUACCGGGCGAUCGGAGUCUCGAUCGAUUACCCGCGCAACGCGGACGGCGAAAUGGUCGGCAUGGUGCACCCCAGCCUGCAAGGGGGGGACUUCAAGGAGCUGAAGGACGGCGACCCGCUGUUCAUGCUCUUCAGCGGCGAGACCGUGCCGUUUCGCCGCGAGGAGCACAAGGUCAGCGCCACGCACGAGUCCGUGAACGCGCUCUUCGUCAACGAGGCCGCGUACUACGAGAAGAAGAUGGCGCUGAUGCUCUGCACGCGCGCCGAGGCGCAGUUCUCCAUGAUGGGCGGGAGCGCCUAG